AUGGGUGGACUUUUCUUCUUAUACGGUCAAGGUGGUUGUGAAAAAAUAUUCUUAUGGUCAACUAUAUCAUGCUCAAUUAGGUCUAAAAGAGGUAUAGUUUUAAAUGUUGCUUCGAAUGGGAUUGCUGUACUUUUGUUGCCUAAUGGAAGAACUGCACAUUCAAGGUUUAAAAUUCCUUUGGCCAUAAAUGAGGAUUCUUUGUGUAGCAUUAAACAGGGAAGUCCUCUUGCAAGGUUAAUAUCCAAGGCCAAAUUAAUCAUAUGGGAUGAAACUCCAAUGAUAAGUAAGUAUUGUUACGAAACUUUAGACAAAUGUCUUAAAGACAUCUUAAGGUGCUCAGAUUCGUAUAAUGCUCAUUUGCCAUUUGGAGGUAAAGUUGUUGUUCUCGGAAGAGAUUUUAGACAAAUUUUACCUGUGAUUCUCAGAGGCUCAAGGAAAGAUAUAAUUCAGUCUUCUAUUAAUUCUUCAUAUUUGUGGCAUAACUGUAAGGUUUUGAAGCUUACAAAAAAUGAGAUUGUCACUAGGUGA